UAUGUCUUGGGUGGUAUUUUAUUAUUAUCAUGGAUCCCAUGGAAGAGAGAGUGGAAGAAAUAUUGGAAGACCGCAUUAUCUGGAAAUUCGGUUUUCCAAAAAAAAUUCGGUGUAGAGCAGGAAACCAAGCUAACCAGCAGUUUCAUGGCCACGCACAAUAAAGGUGCGGGAAAUCACACAAGUCAUAGUCAGCAGCUCGAUCAUCAUCAUCAUCAACUGCAGCCACAAUUACAAGAUCAUCACCAGAUUCCGUAUGGACCAUAUCAAACGAUGCAACCAUCGUCUUCAAACUCCGUCGUCCCGGGUGACUUCAUAAACAAAGAAAGUACGGGCACAUACGAUUUGGGAGAACUGGAUCAAGCUCUUUUUCUCUACCUCGAUGGGCAAGAAGACCACUCCACUACUACCACUCACGCCCAAGACCAGAGACAGAAUUCUGGAAUGAGACCUCCGACUUUGAACAUUUUCCCGUCUGAACCUAUGCACGUUGAACCACCUUCAACCAAGGGUAUUAGUACAGGAUUAGUUUCUUCUGGGGCAAAAACUGGGGAUUCCAAGAGACCAUCACAGCCGUCCAUGGAGUUAGCCAACGCAAGAACUAAUGAUCAUCAUCGUCAUCCCACAUCUGGAGCUACUCAUGAUCAGCCACCUAAAUCUGCAGCCAAGCGUGAAGGGAACCGUAAAGGUCCUACGUCGAGUUCAGAGCAGGAAGGACCAAAAACACCAGACCCUAAGACAUUGCGGAGACUUGCUCAGAAUAGAGAGGCGGCAAGAAAAAGCCGACUGAGGAAGAAGGCUUAUGUUCAACAAUUAGAGUCAAGUAGAAUUAAGCUUACCCAAUUAGAGCAGGAGCUACAAAGAUCCAGAGCUCAAGGCUUGUUUUACGGUGGAGGACUAAUGGGAGGAGACCAAGGAGUUCCUGUUGGCAUAAACAAUAUUAGCUCAGAUGCUGCUGUAUUUGACUUAGAGUACGGGAGAUGGGUAGAGGAGCACCACCAUCUCACAUGCGAGUUGCGUGCAGCAGUACAGGAACAUCUACCAGAGAACGAACUCCAGCUCUUUGUGGACAAUGUGUUAACACACUAUGACGAGAUGAUGAACCUUAAAUCCAUGGUCGCCAAAACUGAUGUCUUUCAUCUGGUUUCCGGCACGUGGAAGACUCCCGCCGAGCGUUGCUUCCUGUGGUUGGGCGGUUUCCGGCCAUCCGAGCUUAUCAAGAUAAUACUGAGUCAAAUAGAGCCUUUGACUGAGCAACAAAUAUUGGGUAUAUGUGGAUUGCAACAAUCAACACAGGAGGCUGAGGAAGCACUCUCGCAAGGGCUUGAAGCACUAAACCAAUCUUUCUCGGACACCUUAACUUCUGAUUCAUUAAGUUGUCCUCGUAACAUGGCAAACUACAUGGGACAGAUGACUAUCGCCAUGAACAAACUCUCUACACUUGAAGCUUUUGUCAGACAGGCAGAUAGUCUGAGGCACCAGACCAUUCACCGGCUGCAUCAACUUCUAACAACGCGUCAAGCCGCACGGUGUUUGCUCGCGAUCGCCGAGUACUUCCACCGCCUCCGUGCCCUCAGCUCUCUCUGGUUGUCUCGCCCAAGACAAGAUUAAUAGAACAUAGCUAAAUUUAGCACUCUAAAAGUACGCACCCUUCAAACUAUUAAUGUGUACGUACUUUCUCUUUAAUUAAUUAAUUACCUCUCUUUUAUGGCCCAGGGAUGUAUAGACUAUAGAUCGACAAAUUACAGUUUUAAAUUGGAAGCACCAGGAAAUUUCCAUCCCCCA